AUGCUAGCUGCUAGUUCGAAUGCUGGCUUGUACAGACGUCUAAAUAAAAACGAACGCCUGCGAGAUGCUGCCGGAAAAUCAUCAUCUUCAUCCUUACAAGGCUCAAGUUCAAGCAAGAAAGAAAAACCACUGCGAAGUUCAGAGAAAAAGCCGUUUGAAUUUGCACUGCUUCGAGCACCUGAGGUAGACAGUGACGGUGAGGAAGAAGAUAGCUUAAGGAAGGACAAUGUUAUCAACAGAGGUAUUAUUACUUUAACUCCUUCUAACACUGAGAAACUAAUAAGAGAUAACAUUGUUUCAUCUUUAAAACCAAGAUAUCCCAUGAUUGAAAAUCGUGACUUUGAAUUUGUCAAAGUAGUCCAAAAAAAAUUUAUGUUCCUCAGUUGGGAAAAGGAACACAGUAUGAUUACAGUGUAGUGAAAAAAUUGGCUGGGCAAGGUCUGUUGUACAUUCGUAUGAAGCAAGCAAUGCAGUUUGCUGUUGAUGAAGAUAUUCAUGUUGAUGACGAUAUGCCAGAUGACCAUUUCCAUCCUUAGAACUACCCAGUCCAUUUAAUUCACCAACAACAUCACCUGAUCUAACAGGUGCACCAAGUGAUUGCAAUCUUGUCCCAGAUGGUCCAUCUGUUAGAGAAACACCACUUGAUAGUGAGCAAUUUACACUAUCCCCACAAGGUGUCCAGCAAUUUGGACCAGCAAUUCCAGAAAUGGAACUGUCUCCAUUUUUUUCAACAGUAAUUGACGGAAUACCAUCCACUGUUAGUGACCCAACAGAAAUGUUAAGAUUCUUGCAGAAGAAGAUUUUGUUAGGUCGUGACCUAGAUAUUAGUGAUGUAUCUUCUGAACUUAAUGGGGACACUAAUUAUAUUUCAGUGGAUCGAGAUAAUAUUUUGGAAACAACAUUUUCUGAAUUGAAUGAUGGGAAAAAUCCAAGAAUCACUUUUGAAGUUCAGUUCUAUGGCGAGCAAGCUGAAGACAGGGGAAGCCCCAGAAAGGAAUGGAUAAGGCUUUGCAAUCAGAAAAUACACCCGAAAUAUUUUGAACACGGUCUUAAGGCACGCCGGGUCAGCUCUUCCCAAAAAUCGGCCAUCUGAUAUAAACUUCUUCAAUAUAUUUCGGAUGGACAUGAAACUUGCUACAUCAAUAUAACUUUCCAUUCCGAACAAUCGUAUGUUUUUUAUUUUUGAGAUUUAACGGUUUUUGGCGGGAAAAUGACGUCACAAAACCUCCAGUUAAAAUUUACUUUCAAUAUCUUAAUAGUUUUGUCGCAGAAUUUGGAAGAACAUGUCAUGAACAGUUCAAAACUGUAAACGGAUUUUAAAUAUCUAAACCUAAUCCAAAGUUAUUUCACUAUAAAAACCGUGAAAAAUCUAAAAAUAGUAACAAAAUGGUGGAAAAUUCGAUUCUAAACUCCCUGUAUCUCGUGAUUAGAUUAAGAUAUUUAAAAUCUCUUUUCAGUUUUGAACUCUUCAUGACAUGAUCUUCCACAUUCUGCUUAAAAACUAUUAAGAUAUUGAAAAUAAAUUUUAACUGGAGGUUUCGUGACGUCAUUUUCCCGCCAAAAACCGUUAAAUCUCAAAAAUAAAAAACAUACGAUUGUUCGGAAUGGAAAGUUAUAUUGAUGUAGCAAGUUUCAUGUCCAUCCGAAAUAUAUUGACAAAGUUUAUAUCAGAUGGCCGAUUUUUGGGAAGAGCUGACCCGGCGUGAGGAGCAUCUGGCAAGUGACUAUUUUUACAUUGGCCAAAUAGUAGCAAUAGCACUUCUUCAGAAUGGACAGUUACCUGUUUACUGUCCAGAAACAGUUUUGCAAAAUGUUUUUACAGGGCCGUACCCAAGCACACACCCAUGCAUUUCCAACCUACAGAAAGGUCUGGAUACUCUUAGAAUCCAUACAGUUGGUAGAAAGUUCCCACAAUUCCUGCAUCUCUUUAGACCAUCUGAAAAUGCUAAGUUGUCUGUAAAAAGGUUACUACACCUUCUGAUACCAACAUUUUCUGAAAAACGAUCAAACAGCCUAAAGUACGGGAAGAGUGCUUAUACUCAUUUUGUCAAGUAUGUUAGAGAAGUAGCUAGUGGUCGUAGAGUAACUAAGCUGGAGAAUAUCCUGGAGUUUGCUACUUGUGCAAGUGAAGAGCCCCUUCUUGGUUUUGCUCUUUCCACAUCCAUUGAAUUUGUUGAAACCACUUGUGCAUCCAGGGAGCCUAGCUAUAACAGCGAUGAAAGGGCACCUCAAAAUCAAGUAUGA